AUGCCACCUGUAGAACCGAAGGUAUCCAUAAUUUUUAAAGAUACUGGAGUGACGGUUAUCGAGAAUCCUCGGAACUUGAGAUAUUCAAAAACAUCUGUGGACAGUGUCUCGUUCGGCAGGCCACGAGAUCUUGCCAUUGAUCAAGGGGAAGCCGCAGGAGUUACUAUUGAAAUGCGCAAUCGGCUUGUUAGUCCCGAGCCCUUUCAAAACUUUCUUCAGGUGAUAUCCUUGAAUCGUGGGACCAAACCCGAGGAUAAUAUUCAGGAAGCUAACGCCAAAUGGGCCCUAAUGACGCCCACGGAAAAGGAAGCCUACACUGCCGGGAACUAUUUCCAGAGACUAAUAAACGAGGCAAAUCGUGAUGCAGUUAGGCCCGUUCAAGGUAAUCUAUUUGAAGAACUUCUAAAUGGUAUAACGAUUCCGGGUAUAGAGGGAAAGAGUGAAAAGGUACAGGAGGAGCCGACCCCUAAGGUGCAAAAGACCGUAAAGCGGCUAGCAACCACGGCACGUGGAGUGUCUCGUACAGAAACUAAGAAAAAUGAAAAAAGUGAAGAAUCGGCAAAGCCUCGACGUACAAAUAGUAGCUACAAAAAUUUCUUGCGGGAGUAUAAGCGAAAUAGUCCCGGUACCCUAUCCGUUGAAUGUGCUUCCUUAUGGCGUAAAAUGACAGAUUUGGAAAAGGCACCCUAUCGAAUUGCAUCUUCUACUCGCUUGAAGAAACCUUUUCAGAAGAUAAACCAGAAAAAGGUGAUUAAACCCAAAGCACCAAGUUACCAACCGCAAAAUCAGGAUGCAGACGUGAACGCCCUGAACUCGUUAUUAGCGGAUUCAGUGGACCAAAAGCUACAGCAGCAGCAGCACCAGCACCAGCAGCAGAUGUUGCUGAUGGAGCCGCCCUGA